AUGGUGUUCAACGGCGGGACUGUUAUGUCGGUAGCCCAUUUGUCGGCGGAGGUCUGGCAGCGAUUACGGCGGAUCCCGACGUCGGAUCGCAUAAGUAGCCACGAGAUGCUUGACCUCGUCCUCUUCUUCCCGCUCCAGGAAUUGAGUCGGUUCGCUUUGUUUCUCUUGACUUUUCUCUGUCUUCCUCCGCCAGGUUUGCUCUAUCCCGAAGCUGACCAAGAAGACGAUCGUGGUGAUCACGGUUUUGCUUAUGGCUCAUCCUCUGCUUCCAUCGCUACGUAUCAGAAUCACUUUCAUCUGCAUUUUGAGUGA